UCACCUUCGCAUUUCUCAAUUCUCUCUUUGAGACGCUCUUCUCUUUCUCUUUCUAUCUCUCUACCUCUUCAGACCCAUAUUUUUUUAGAUCUGAGAGAUGUCGUCGGCCACUAGUACAACGACGUCGUAUUGGUGUUAUAGAUGUACCCGGUUCGUUCGGAUUUGGGUAAACGAAUCGGUCGCCUGUCCCCACUGCCAAACCGGGUUUUUAGAAGAGAUUGAGUCAACACCUUCGCCAGCGCCGGAGGCGGUUGCGGAGACUACUCACCGCCAUCCUUUCGCAGCAACUUAUAUGUUCGGUGAAGAAUCUGCUCAAAUCCCGAGUUCGCGCAGGGUUCGCCGUGGCUCUUCUCGCCGAUCCGCUUUCAACCCGGUAAUCGUCCUACGUGGCACCGCUGAGGAAAGCGGUGGUGGUGGUUCGGGUGAGGGAGAGAGGAAUAGCUUCGAGUUGUUCUACGACGACGGUGCUGGUUCGGGUCUCCGGCCUCUUCCGGCGAGUAUGUCUGAGUUUUUAAUGGGUUCUGGUAUGGAUAGGUUGUUGGAACAGCUUGCUCAGAUUGAAGUUACUGGUUUCGGGAGAUCCGAGAACCCGCCGGCCUCCAAAGCUGCGAUAGAGUCGAUGCCGACGAUUGAGAUCGUCGAUAGUCAUGUAGGUUCAGAAUCGCACUGUGCCGUAUGUAAGGAAGCUUUCGAGCUGGGUACGGAGGCCCGCGAAAUGCCCUGUAAACACAUCUACCACUCGGACUGUAUCCUCCCAUGGCUUUCUCUCCGAAACUCUUGCCCAGUUUGCCGACUCGAGCUUCCGCCGGAGCAAACCACAGCGAAUCCAGAGCUGUCGCCGCCGGCUGUAGACGAAGAGACUGUUGGGUUGACUAUUUGGAGGCUUCCGGGAGGUGGGUUCGCCGUUGGGAGAUUUUUUUCCGGCAGAAGAGGCGGCGAGAGAGAAGUACCCGUCGUCUAUACAGAAAUGGAUGGGGGGCUCCAUUCGGGUGGGGCUCCGAGAAGGGUUUCAUGGGUAUCGAGAAGAAGUAGAGGAGGGCGAGAGAGUCGUGGAAUCGGCAGUGUUUUUCGAAACAUGUUCUCGUUUUUGGGGAGAAUAAGGCCCAAUUCUACUUCUUCUUCAUCAUCAUCGACUCGCACUGAAUCUGAAUCUGGUUCUCUUAAUCGAAGCCGUAGUUACUCAAUUGGUUCAGUGUUCAGUAGGCAUAUGCGGAGGCGUAACAGAGCUUGGGUUUUAGAUGAUCAGACUGGAAAUGAACGGUGGUGAUUUUCUUGAAAAUACUAGACCAACAAAAAAAAGGGACAAAUUUUGUUGAUUGUUAUGUGCCCCCUAAUUUGGGUUUUCCAUAGGAAGCUUUUUCUUUUUGGGUUGAAGGUGUUUAAUUUGUUUAAUUACUGUACAUAUGCCAUUUAAUUCGAUAAAUUACUAAACUUUAAACCUAGUUCUUUUGAAGCCUA